UGUGGCCAGCCCGCUCACACCACUGAUAAUUACCACACCACGGGCUCCUGUCACCCUAAAUGUCACCAGUGCCGGGCCACCGUGACACCUCCCGAGACAUAACCACUCGUGCGGUCAUCGUCUGGCGGGAGGAAACCUUCACUCUAACUGCACGUGGCUUAAAGUAAGGAAAGUUGCCCGUAAAUGUCAAGAGCAGACGACAGACGCCGACAGUCUCAGCACUGAACUGCAAGCAGCGUGUAGUGCAGUAUGGAGCAUCCAAUGAGUCCAGCCAGUCCAGGGCUGCCAUCUCAGAAACGAAGCCAAUCGCGACAAGAAUAUAUUGAUCUGCUGGCUCAGCGAAGGCAGUCCAGUGAUCUCAGAUGGGCAGCCCGUGAAUGGUACUCUAGGGGUAACUACAAAUAUGGAAAUGAGAUGAAACGUGAAGAAGUGUUCAAGAGAGUGAUGCAGUCUGAUAGAGUGAAGCACACCAUCAAGCAGCUGGUGGAUGGUGGAGGUGAUUAUGAUGUCCUUGUUGCUGAAGCUGAAGGGAUCUUAGAAAAAAUGGGACACACUCAAGACAUUGGUGUUAUUCGACAAUUUGCAUUCAUCCUCCCCAAAAUCAUGAAGAGAAUAUAUAACAAGGUGCUUAUCAACGAGGAUGGAAUUGAAAAGAUGCGUAGUGCCCUAGUUGAGACGCCUGUUGUACUGCUGCCAACACAUCGCUCCUAUGCAGACUUCCUUCUUGUGUCAUACAUUGCAUUCCAUUUUGACCUUCCCUUGCCAGUGAUUGCUGCAGGUAUGGAUUUUAUGAAGAUGGCUGUAGUUGGAGAGAAGUUGAGGGGCUCCGGGGCUUUUUAUAUUCGUCGGUCAUUUAUGGAUAAUACUCUUUACUGGGCAAUAUUUCAGGAAUAUGUCCAGACUAUUGUAGAAUGCACUGGCUCUCCUGUAGAAUUUUUCUUAGAAGGAACACGAAGUCGAAGUGGAAAGUCAUUGCCUCCUAAAAUUGGUCUUCUUGGCUGUGUGACAGAAAGUUGGUUACGUGGAAGGCUACCAGACCUAGCAUUUGUGCCUAUAAGUAUAUCCUAUGAACGAACGUUAGAAGAAAAACUCUAUGCAUAUGAACUUCUUGGAGUACCAAAACCUCAAGAAUCAACUUCUGGCCUACUUAAAGCAACAAGAAUUUUGAAAGAAAAUUUUGGAGAUAUAUAUGUCAAUGUUGGUGAUCCAGUGUCCAUACGAGGAUUUCUUGGACCUCGUGUGGACAGACACUUGAGUGCAUCUAUACCUUCCCAUCUGACAUCUAUUACAAAGAAUGAGCUGUGUGCUUGUGAAGCUCUUGGCUGCCACAUGUUAAGAAAUAUUCAGUUAGGGGCUGUGGUGAGUGUGUGGAGCAUGGUCUGUGUACACCUGAUAAACACACUCUGGUCUGGAAAGUGGUCACUUCCACUGAAGGUGCUUGCAGAAGAUGUUACGUGGCUCAUUGGAAUAGUAGAGAAGAUUGGUGGUAAUGUUGCUCUUGAAGGUAGAGUGGAUGAAGGCAUCGUACGCAGCCUUGAAAUUCACUGUCUUAUCGCAAGGCUUUCUGAAGAUGGAGCAGUAUAUGUCCAACAAGUCCAUCAACCAGGAAUACAAUCUGUGCAAGGCCACGAUAAAAAAGUCAAUUUGAACAGCAAUACUGUGAACUAUGCUGUAACUCACCUGAUGUUACAGCAUUACAUCAAUCAAAUCCUUCAUCUUUUGAUUCGGCCUGCAUUGGUGGCGCAGGCUCUGGUCUCACUUGUUGGCCAUAGUGCUGCUUGCUCCCUUGAAGAGUUGCAGUCAAGAUUUGUAUUCCUUCGCUUGCUUUUUGGAUAUGAUUUCAUCUUCGAGAAGAAUUUGGAAGGAAGAGAUUUUAUGUGUGGUUUGUCUGUGCUGACAUGGAGUGGAGAAGUUAGUGUCAUACAAGGCUCGGUUCAGCUAGUGGGUCACACCAGCAGGCUGAUAAAUUUACUGCUGGCACUUCUCAAGCCAUUUAACUUGACCUAUUCAUGUGCGGCACAAACCAUGGCAUCCCAGGGCUGGUUAGAUAAUGGAACAUUAGUAUCGGCUAUUCAGGAAUGCAUAGAAAAAUCGGUAGUAAAAUCUGGAGUCUAUUCCGCACUCUCUUUAGACACAAUUCGUCAUGCAGUUCGAACUCUUAUUAAAGUCGGAGCUGUUAGUAAGAGCAAAGGAAUUGAUGACCAUUUGGUACUCAUGCCGGACUACCAGAAGCUUCACUCCAUUACUGAAGUGUUGGGAAAACCUUGUGGCCAAAUAUUACGCCCAAAACUCUAGGAUGAGCACUGUACAGUACUUUGUGAUUCGUAACUACAGUAUUUGCUAUUUUACUCUGUUUACUACAGCAAUGAUCAUCACAGUCAAUUCACAACAAAAAGGUCACAGGUUCAAUUCCCACAACAGGACAAAGAGGUUUGUUCAUUUUUUCUUUCACCUGAUGUCUCUGUUCACCUAGUAGCCAAUGGGAACCCGGGGGUUAAGCAACUGAUGUUGGUUGCAUCCUGGAAAAGAUCAAUGGUUGGCCGAAGAGGGGGGGUCUCAAAAAACCUAACAGGGUUCCUGCUCCUGACAAUGAGAAAUUAAUCUACCAUACAAAAGUAGUUCAGUGUGUUAUGUUGCAACCAACUGAUAGUUCCAAAACAAGCAACCAUGUGUCCAUGAAAGUUACUUGACAAGGCAUGCUUCACAAGACAUAUGCAUGAUAUCAACUAGAUAAGUAAUAUGUAAUUCUACAUUUUCACAUUACAGUACUAUGAGUUUGUUUCUUGUUAAGGAAACAGUGAUAUUUUAGUUUGAGUUAGAUUCUGGAGUACAAUCAUAUCUUCACUUUUUUUUAUAUAACCCAAGCUGGUUCACAGAUAUUUAGCCACAUGAUGGAGAUCUCUCUCUAAAGAUAGAAAGGCAGUAGAAAGGUAGUUGUAGUGACGGUAGACCCAAGGAAGACGGGUAGCUGUAGUGAUUGUAG